AAAUUAAGUGUGCAGCAAGUUGGAAAAGCUGCUCGAGCAUAAUGCAUUUUUUAAAGAAUUCUGCCGUUAAUGAUGUCACUCCUUUGUUUACUUUUGUCAAUGAAUGUCAUAUUUGUUACAAGAUGAAACCAAAAUAUACCCAGGUCCGGCUAAAGAAGGAGAAAAAAAGGUUCCAGGAGGAGGGAGGAGACAAUGUGAGAGAAAGUUCACAUUUAGCUGCAUUCCCAGCUCACAGUCUUGCAGGAGAAGGGGCUAUGCCCCUUCCUCAGAAUGCUCAGACCACUGCCCUCCCCCCACCAGGUCUCAGUAGAAAGUACCCCCUACCUCAACCCACUCUCUCAGCCAAGACCAAGAUUUGGAUGCCAGUGCAAGAGACCUGGAAAGGAGAACCUUAUGACAAGCCUUUGCUCAAAUACACAAUAGCCCUCCCUAUUGGCAGGCGCCACUGUAGACCUCGUCCAAUAAAACGACCCGUCCCCAACCCUUCCCCCAACCUGACUGAUAAAAGAGUGAAGUUUAAACAUCCUGAGGCCACCCUCCGUUUUAUCCCAGUGAGGCCAGACUUAGAGCAGCUCACCAGGCAGAGAACCCUCCCUGGUAGUCAGUUGGUUAGACCUGUGACACCCAGACCACCAUCACGCAAGCAACCCCCCUCUGCAGACCAUAGCCCCCUAGACAGUAUCCACUCACACAGAUCCCUUGCUAAGGUGCAGGCUGCUGGAGGUGAGGACAGGGGAGGCGGAGGAGAUGGUGCCUCCCUAUCCCGCUCUGUCAGGGAUUUGCAGUUGCUUAGCUCCAGCUCCGACGACGAGGAUUCUGAGUCUCCUUCUGAGUCCCAGUUCCGAUGCACCACUCCGGCCUACCUCACCCGCCGCUACCAGAACAGUUUGAAAUGGUACCAGGCGGUGCACAGCGAGAAGAAGACCAAACAUCACAAGGAGAGGCUUGACCAGCUUUGCUAUAAGGAGGCAUCAGAUGAGUCUAAUGCUGAAAGAGGUAGCUAG